ACCAGUGAGAUUAGGAGUUUAACCUUUCUUCAAAUUUGAGCCAAUUGCAAGGGAAAAUGGGAGGUUCCCAAGUGCUGUUGUGCAUCCAACGUGGGACUAUGGAACGAAGACUGAAAAGAAUUAAGUAAAAAAAUAAAAAACUCAUGGUGGAUAGGGUCUGAAGUUGGGACUGAACCAGGCUCCGAACGCCGAGGUUUUCUGACCAUAGACUGCAUCUGAUAAGCAUUUACUAGGAACUACACUAACCCGUCGAGUGUGCGGCGAAAUUGGGAUCAAUCGGCACAAAGUGUAUAGUUUUUGGGGUGUUUUGUAGCGCCAUAAACGAGAAGUCAACGAUAACUCGUUUUCGGCACCGAUCUCACCUCUUUCGAGUGCUUCAUUUGCGUACCAGAGUAACGCCGUCAAAGUUUUAGCCAACAUUCCAAGCGUGCGAUGAAGAGAAGAUACAUUAAAGAGUUUGUUCCGAGUGCCACUGCCGAUGCAAUCCGCAUAGGCUAGUAUUUGGAAAAUGUGUGUCACAUGUAUAUUUGACAUGAACGCAAUCUUAAAUUAAGAGCCCCUGUUGAUGUUUGCCAUGUUUUUUUUCUCUGGCAUUUUUAGGCUAUUGAUGUUUCCCCAAAACUAAUCGCUUUGCCAAGAAAGGAUCCUCAUUUCAACCUUUUAUGGACAAGUUCAAUGUAGUUGUAUGUUAUUUAAUUCUGUCUGCUUGACAAGUUUAUUGUAGCCUUCUUGCUUCGUAAACCGUGAUUCACCUUUGAUUUCAGCACACAUUGGACAAAAGUUGGACUGGGAACUUGCGUCUUAACGACUCGGUUAUUUGGAAGAGUAGACCAGUUGUACACGCCACAGGUGUUAGUUUUUUCUACAUUUUACCACAACGAAAUUUGUGAUAUAAUAGACCGCACUAUCUCUAAAACGGUACCAGAUUUCCAAUUUGUGGAUACGACGAGAGAUCAGUGACCAGCGCGCGAUUAAACUUGAUACAAAAUGGCGGCGUCCCUGGGACGAAUUGGAUCGGUUUCUCACUAUGGUUUUUAUUUAGUUUUAUCGCUGGAACUGUUAAUCAAUUACGGCUUGAGUUCAGAUUUACCAUGUGCUCAGAACUGUACCUGCACUGGAGAUUCUGUGGACUGUAGUCAUUUGGAUUUGACAGAUACACCGCUGGACCUGCCCAUUCAGACAGUUGCCCUAAAUCUUGGCCACAACAAGUUGACAGCCAUUGAUGUCGGAGUCUUCUCAAACCUCCCAAACCUACGAGAGCUGCGCCUGGACCAUAAUGAGCUGACGUCCAUCCCUGAUCUAGGACCGGCUGUGUCUCAGAUUGCUUCCCUCUACCUACACCACAAUAAGAUCCGCACCAUCGAUGGGAGGCGGAUGAGAGACCUGAUCUCCGUGGAAACCCUGGACCUGAGCAACAAUGACAUCACUGAAGUCAGAGUUCAAGGUUUCCCGGCAGGUCUCCAGAUCAAAGACCUGUACCUGAGCAACAACAAGAUACAGUUCCUGGAGGCCGGUGCUCUGGACCAGCUCUCCUCCACCCUGCAGGUUCUGAGACUGAGUCGGAACCGCAUCUCUCAGGUCCCUGUCAAAGGCUUCCAGCUGCCCAAGCUCACCCAACUUGAGUUGAACAGGAACCGCGUGAGGCAGGUGGAGGGGCUGACCUUCCAGGGCCUGGCCAGUCUGGAGGUCCUCAAGCUGCAGAGGAACAACAUUAGCAAGCUCACCGACGGAGCCUUCUGGGGCCUGGCCAAGAUGAAAGUGCUUCACCUGGACUACAACAGCCUGAGGGAAGUGAACAGUGGCUCCCUAUACGGCCUUUCCUCUUUGCUGCAGCUCUUCCUCAGCAACAAUUCCAUCUCCCACAUCAACCCAGAUGGCUGGAGGUUCUGCCAAAGGCUACGUGAACUGAAUCUGUCCUACAACAACCUGAGUCGUCUGGAUGAGGGCAGCCUAGCGGUGCUAGGGGACCUCCACACCCUCCGUCUGGGGCAUAACGCCAUCAGCCACAUCACCGAGGGGGCCUUCAGGGGCCUCAAGGCCCUGCGCCUCCUGGAGCUGGACCAUAAUGACAUCUCAGGCACAAUAGAGGACACCAAUGGGGCCUUCUCUGGACUGGACAGCCUCAACAAGCUAACUCUGUUUGGAAACAAGAUCAAGUCAGUGGCCAAGAAAGCCUUCUCAGGACUGGAGGCCCUGGAGCACCUGAACCUGGGAGAGAACGCCAUACGCUCCAUCCAGCCAGAGGCCUUCAGCAAGAUGAGGAGCCUCAGGAACCUACUCAUCCAGAGUGACAGUUUCCUGUGUGACUGUCAGCUCAACUGGUUCCCUGAGUGGCUAAUGACCCGGGGGCUACAGACUGGCGUAGAGGCUACCUGUGUCCACCCCGAAAUCCUGAAGGGUACUAGUGUCUUCCAGGCUCCACCAGAGAGAUUUGUCUGUGAUGACCUGCCUAAGCCCCAGAUCACGUUGCAGCCAGAGACCACCGUGACGGUUCUGGGUAGUGACGUGCGCCUCACGUGCACGGCAGCCAGCAGCAGCAGCUCACCUAUGACCUUCGCCUGGCGCAAAGACCAGGAGCUGCUCCGUCAUGCUGAGGUGGAGAACUUCGCCCACCUGCGCGCUAACCACGGGGCGGUGCACGAGGCCGGGGGGGUGAUGGAGUACACCACCAUUUUGCACCUGCGUCAUGUGACCUUCGCCCACGAGGGCCGAUACCAAUGUAUCAUCACCAACCACUUUGGCUCCUCCUACUCCACCAAGGCCCGCCUUACUGUCAACGUCAUGCCUACGUUUGUGAAGACCCCUCGAGACAACACCAUCCGUACGGGCACCACUGCCAAGCUGGAGUGUGCGGCCGAGGGCCACCCCACCCCUGAGAUCGCCUGGCAAAAGGACGGAGGCACGGACUUCCCGGCGGCACGCGAGCGGCGGAUGCACGUGAUGCCUGACGAUGACGUGUUCUUCAUCAUGGACGUCAAGCUAGAGGACAUGGGCGUGUACAGCUGCACCGCCAAGAACACAGCGGGCACCGUGUCUGCCAACGCCUCUCUCAUCGUGCUGGAGACGCCCCACCUGGCCCAAGAGCUGGAGGACCAUAGUGUGGUGGUGGGGGAGACUGUAGCCCUGCAGUGUAAGGCCCUGGGCAGCCCCCCACCCAAAAUCACCUGGCUGAGGAACGACGAGCCCCUCCGCUCCUCCGAACGACACCACUUCACCCCCGGCAACCAGCUGUUGGUGAUCGGCAGCGCCGCCCUAGAGGACGCUGGCAGGUACACGUGCGUAAUGUCUAACACGCUGGGCACAGAGCGCGGCCACAGCCAGCUGAGUGUCCGCCAGACCGGCUGCGUCACCCCGUCCGGCCCCAGCACCGUCACUAUGGGCAUCAUCGUCAUCGCUGUGGUGACCAGCAUCGUGGUGACCUCGCUGGUGUGGGUGUGCAUCAUCUACCAGACGCGCAAGAAGAGCGACGAGUGCAGCGUAACCAACACCGAUGAGACAAUUGUGCCCCCGGACGUCCCCAGCUACCUGUCCUCCCAGGGGACCCUCUCGGAGCGCCAGGACGUGUGUAUCCGCGUGGAGGCUAGCAUUGGACCUCCGCUCAACGGACACAUAGACAACACAGGUUACAAUGGGGCUGUAGUGUGUACAGAGUGUAUGGAGAACGGAAACAGCUACUCCAAGACAGACUUCGACUAUCUCACCCAGGGGCUGGGACCUGUAGGCCUGGAGUACCAACAACACCCCCACCACAUGGACUACAGUGUACCUGUACCCCUAGGGGUGGAUACGGAACCCCUCUCCAACGGGACCCCCAACGGAGUCAGAAGGGAUUCCUCUCCCCCUGAAUUUACAUCGCAGAGAAACCACCACAACAGAAAAGGUUCCUCAGUGAACAGGACGGGACACACAACUCUAGUGUGCUCCCCAUCCCAGGAGGAGGCCUUCCACAAGCCGGUGAAACUCGCCCCCGUAAGACGCCAAGACACACUGGACACGGAUCGUGAGCCAGAGCUCAGACAGACUCUACUGUCCAACGGACACACUCCCAGAGCCUCCCAGAGUGACAGCACCCCCCUCAGGAGCGCCAGCGACUAGCAGGCCCUCCCCACCCUGACACUAAUAGACUCACUAGCCCUGAGUGGACUUGUUCUUUGCACUGGGAACUGCUACCUCAAACAGAGAGGCCAAGAUCUGAUCCCCUCCCCUGUUUGGACUAACAGGGUGGGAGCUGGGAGGGGGUGGCAUCCAGAGGUUUGAAGGCAGAGCUUGUGUGGGUGGCGUCCCAUUUGAGCGUAUCAGCUGUACAUACUUAAAACCUUCCCCUGGGAGGUGUCAACCAAUCCUAGCUCCAAAUGUGACUUGCAUUUGAAGCAUGCAAAUGUAGGGAAUGUUUUACAGUAAUGUGUGAAAGAGAGCGAAAGAGAUAUAUAUACCAUUGGACAAUUAACUGUACAUAAGAGUUUUCAUAUAUAUUAUAUAACUUUUACAAAGAGUAUUUGAAUUUAUUCUGUGCAUGACAAAGAACGGAGUGAUGGUAUUUUUUUCUCUUUUAAAAGCCUCUACUUACCAGCUUCAACUGCGGUGCCUUAUUGCAUGAUCAAAGAAACCACAAACGGGACUCGUAGAGAUUUGUGAGAGCUAUCGUACACUCUUUGUCAUACCAUGGAACACUUUAUUGCACUUGAAUGUUGUUUGACAAACGCAAAUGCUGCCAUCAUGGCCUUAAACCAUAACUCAUAUUUACUGGUAUUUUAUGAAGGAAGCUUUAAUUUGUAUUUAUUUUGGUACGUGAUAUGGUAACACCUAUGGCAAGGAAGUGUUUGGGAUAUUAAUCUAGGUUUUUGAUGUUUAAGCACUUUUGUACUCAUCAUAAAUGACCUCUGGAAACAGACUCGGUACAUGUAACCCAAUAGGAACAUAAGAAAUCCUAGUCAGGAAAUGCGACUCAUUUCUGACAUAGACAUGGAAUGUCAAGUCUCUUCCACCUGUCAUGGUACUAACUACAGUUCCUUCAGAAAGUAUUCAUACCCCUUGACUUAUUCCACAUGUUGUUAUAACAGCCUGAAUUCAACAUGGAUGUUCACCCAUCUACACACAAUUACCCCAUGACAAAGUGAAAACAUGUUUUUAGAAAUGUUUGCAGAUUUAUGGAAAAUUACUUUCAAACUGUAACUGGGCCACCCAAGAACAUUCACUGUCUUCUUGGUAAACAACUCCAAUGUAAAUUUGGCCUUUUGUUUUAAGUUAUUGUCCUGCUGAAUGGUAAAUUCUUCUCCCAGUGUUUGGUGGAAAUCAGACAGAACCAGGUUUCCUCUCAAAUUUUGCCUGCGCCUAGCUCCAUUCCAUUUAUUUUUUUAUCCUGAAAAACUCCCCAGUCCUUAACAAUUAAAAGCAUACCCGUAACAUGAUGUAGCCACCACUAUGCUUGAAAAUAUGGAGAGUGGUGCUCGGUAAUGUGUUGUAUUGGAUUUGUCCCAAACAUAACACUUUGUAUUCAGGAUAAAAAGUUAAUUGGUUAGCCACAUUCCUUGCAGUAUUACUGAAAACAGGAUGCAUGUUUUGGAAUAUUAAAUAUUCUUUACAGGGUUCCUUUUCACUCUGUCAGUUAGGUUAGUAUUGUGGAGUAAGUACAAUGUUGUUGAUCCAUCCUCAGUUUUCUCCCAUCACAGCCAUUAAACUCUGUUUUAAAGUCGCCAUUGGCCUCCUGGUGAAAUCCCAGAGUGGUUUCCUUCCUCUCCAUCAACUGAGUUAGGAACGAUGCCUGAUACGCCAUCCCACGUGUAAUUAAUAACUUAACUGUUGGAUAUUUUUACCAAUCUACAAAUGGGUGCCCUUCUUUGAGGCAUUGGAAAACUUCCCUGGUCUUUGUGGUUCAAUCUGUGUUUGAAAUUCACUGCUUGACUGAGGGACCUUAAAGAUAAUUGUAUGUGUGGAUGAGAUGAGGUAUGUCAUUCAAAAAGCAUGUUAAACACACGAGUCUAUGCAACUUAUGUGACUUGUUAAAAAAAAAGUUUACUCCUGAACUUAUUUAGGCUUGACAAAAAAACAAAGGGGUUGUAUACUUAUUGACUCAAGACAUUUCAACUUUUUAUUUUUAUGAAUUUGUAAAAAUGUCUAAAAACAUAUCUCCACUUUGACAUUAUGGGGUAUUGCGUGUAGAUCAGUGACAAAACAACAUUUAAUCCAUUUUAAAUUCAGGCUGUAACUCAACUAAAUGUGAAAAAGUAAAAGGCUGUGAAUACUUCCGGAAAGCACUGUACCAACCAGGGCUUAGAACCACAUUUUUGUUCCCUUUGUUUUGUUCUGAACAGAACCUUUUUUUUCUUAUUUUGUUUUUACAACAAGAAAUGUAGUUCUGAAGCUGUUUGAACCUCCAAAAAUACUGAUUUUUAUAUCGUUCCUUACUGUUCCCUUUUAAACGUGAUUGAUUCUUUUUAAUUUACGCCAACAUUAAAUUACUUCACCAAUUAUUGCGGAUAGAGCAGCUUGCUAUGGAGCGGGUAAGCUAUAGUUUUUUUUUUUUUUACAUUCAUUGGACAGACGUUAAGGCGCGAGAUGCGAAUUUGUUUGUGUAGUGAGAGAGAGCAGAGGAGGCUUGGCUUGAAGCGCUGGGCAUCUUGUUUAUUACAUGCAUUUACAUGAAUUAGGCCCACAAAUAUUCAACCUACGGAAGAGUGUCUUCUAUGGAGGAACUUUGAAUGUCUUUGAACUUCAGAGAGUUGUCUUAACGUUGGACCAGGGCUAGCUAGCUUACAAGCUGCGCAGAGCGGCACCAGAAUGAAAAUAAAAACAUGUCUUUCCUAUUUGUAGUUAAUAAAUCCAAUCCAACGUGUUAACUAUAGUAUCCUUAACUAACAUUGAACAAGUUAAUGCAUUCUUCUCUAGUUAAAAAAUAUCUCCCUAAUUUCUGAAUCUUGCUUGUAAUUUCUGUCGGCUACAGUAGCCUAUUCUUCGGAGGGGAGGGGCAGGUAGCCUACGCGCGCGCACACACUGGUAAAGAUUUCCAGCUGACAGGCAGACACUGGAAUAAGUUUCUGAGUGACAGAAUGAGGGCUUUGCAUAGCUGCUGUGUUGCAGAACGUAAAAGAAUGUUAUUAACCGAUUCCCAUGCUUUUAUAAUAACGGUUCUGUUCAGGAACAGUGUAGAUCACUUUUGUUCUGAUACUGUUCCUUGAAAAUGUUGUUCUGUUCCCUGAACUAGUUCCAACACCUGUUACCAACAAGCUGCUGCACUUCAGUUGCCUUUUGGUUUAGGGAAUAGAUCCUCCACGGUGCCUCAGCUCCAUUUGUUUUCAUUAUUCUUUAUUUGUUCAACUAAAGGUCCAGAUCCUUUGAAUACACAUUUGUUAUGAAUGUGGUCCAAUUCCUAGAAUCAUUUGUUAUCCCCCUUCCAUCCCAGUAUGUUAUCCUAUACCAUGAACCUGCCACGCUGUAAAAGGGAAUGUGGAAUUCUUACCAGGAGGGCAUUUUGAGACCGUUGUCAUACUGUUUGAUUGCUAUCAUGUCUCACUGUGUGUGUGUGUGUGCGCACACAGGGCAUGGCCAGUAUUUAGCCUUUGUCAGAGCACCACACACAAUAAUACUGAUAAUAAUAAUCAUCAUCAUUAUGAUAAUGGUACAAAAACCUGUUUUAUUAUUGACUGGUACAAACUGAACACCUCUAAAUUCUACCAACAGCUUACUGUUGGUAAACUUGUGAAAUGUACCCCUUCCAACCUUAGGAGAAAUGCCCCGUCUACAGGCCUGGGUAAACUGGGCUGACAAAACCAGAUACUGUGAAUGUCAGUUUAAACAGAAUUACAUUUUGUAAUGUAUGCAUAUGUUUAGCCAUUUUCUAGGCUAACUGUUUGUAAGCACUUGUUUUGCUAUUUACUUUAUCAAAAAUGGGUCAAAUUGUUUGACUUAUGAGAAUAUUCUUCAGAGAGCAGGAAUUCUAGAUGGUCAGUCAUAAGUUGUCAGUAGUGUCGGCCCAUUAUGUCAACGCCUGAAUGGAUGCAGGGGUGAUGUGCAGUAAUUUAUUGAAAUAAACUGUCUGAAACCAUUGUACCAAUGUCAAAGCUUAAACAUUGAAGUGUCUAAUAAAAUCACAUUUUUUGCUAUUAUAUAAA